AUGCCAGUGGUGCAGGGCCCCUUUCCAAGUGCUGAUUGCUUUGCAGAAUGGACAGGGCCGGUGUGGAAGAAGACCUGGAUGGGAGCCGGUAACAAUUGGAAGAACCAAAGCUGGGUGCUGCACAAGAUCGAGAUUUGCUUUGAUGAGAAAACAGUGACCGAGGUGUGGAGGAAGGCGACGCCCCAGAUGAAUGACAACAUCGGCGGCGACCAGGUGCUGGCAGCCGAGGCUGAGGGCCCCAAGGACAGCAAGAAGCGCAAGGACCCCAAGGACAAUUUUGACAAGAAGGACCCCAAGGACAAUCACAAGAAGAAGGACACUAAUAAGAAGAAGGGGCCAAAUGCCGCGCGCAAGAAGCCCUCCCAGCGGUCCCAGGGCAAGACGAAGGAUCUCGACCGCGUACGACACUUUGAUUGGGAGUGGGGUUAA